AAAAUGAGCGUCAUUUCCACACCCAUAACCUCCCUUUUCAAGAUUCAGCACCCCAUACUUCUGGCGGGUAUGAACGUUGCGGCCGGUCCUGAACUCGCCGCAGCUGUGACGAACGCCGGUGGUCUUGGUGUCAUUGGCGGUGUAGGAUACACCCCGAAGGUUCUGAGGUCGCAAAUACACGAACUCAAGAAGGACUUAAAGGAUAAGAACGCACCGUUCGGCGUGGAUUUGCUUCUUCCGCAGAUUGGUGGCAAUGCUCGCAAGACCAACUACGACUACACCAAAGGGCAGCUGCCUCAGCUCAUCGAUGUUAUCAUCGAGGAGAAGGCGACGCUCUUCGUCUGCGCUAUUGGUGUCCCCCCGAAGGAGGUCGUAGAAAAACUACACAAGGCUGGUAUUCUGGUCAUGAACAUGGUUGGCCAUCCCAAGCAUGUUGCUAAGGCACUGGAUGCCGGCGUGGACUUGAUUUGUGCGCAGGCUGGGGAGGGAGGCGGACACACCGGUGAUAUUCCCGCUUCCAUCCUCAUCCCUGCUUGCGUGGAUGCCGUAAAGGGUCGUAAGAGCUCGUUGACUGGUCAACCCAUUUACGUUAUUGGUGCCGGCGCUGUCUAUGAUGGCAGGAGCUUGGCCGCCAACCUCAUGUGGGGCGCUGUUGGCGUUUGGGUUGGUACGAGAUUCGUUGCAUCCACCGAGGCCUCUGCGCCAAAAGCACACAAGGAAGCUGUACUCAGCGCAGGGUAUGAGGAUGCUGUGACGACCUUAAUCUACACUGGCCGUCCUUUGCGCGUACGCAGGACCCCAUACGUCGAUGACUGGAACAACAACCGUCAAGCUGAGAUCAAGGAGCUGACCUCGAAGGGCAUUAUACCUCACGAAUACGAGAUGGAGAAGCACCCCGAAAAGGCCGGCCCUCAUGUCCGCGCGUGGCUGAUUGGCCGUGUAUCUUCCCUGAUUCACGACGUCAAGCCCGCAAAGGAGAUCAUCGACGAGAUGGUGUCCGAUGCAGCUGAACGCAUACAAUCCGCCGCUGCUUCCGUGACCCUUGCGCAGGGCAAGGCGAAACUAUGACCCCCCAGUGUACGGCCAUCUCCUCCUUGGAUAUAUGUUUGCAGUGCGAUUGAGUGUGUCGGAUUGUUGGAUGGAGUUGUAUAGCAUGUGUUACGCCGGAGUACGGAGAUCGCACGCAUACCAGUGUACGCCAACUAUGCAACCC